CUACUUUUCGAAUUAAGAACUCAACCAACCUGAAAUUAAAAAAAAGUCCUAAACAAAUGACAACUUUCAAAUCUGUCAUUUUUCUAUGAUCCAUUUUUAGACUGAAAUGUUUUUAUAAAUUCUUUUCAGUUAAUUUUCAUAUUAGAUUUUAGUUUAUAUUUAACAUUUUUUUUAUACAGUGGACUUAGAAUAAGGAUUAUAACAAAAUUAUGCCUGAGUGCUGUGUGCCGUGCCCAGCGGCGGCGCCUUGUGCCCCUUCCGCGGGCAUCAAAUCAGGACUACGGGAUGGAAAGCCCAUCGACGGCAAGCAAGAACACCCCUGUCCCUGCAGGACUUGCUGCUGUGGAAAACCUCCUAUCGUCAAACCAUGCUACAAACAACCUCGAAUCCCGGAGUCGUAUGCCCCGCGUCGCUGCUACAUGCGCCCCACUGCGCCAGUGGAGUCAUGCACUACUUACAAGCUAUCCUAUCUGCCGGUGGAUGGUUGCCGCAACCUGAGGGGUGAGGCUCGCCGUCCCCCUGCCAACCUCGUGCCUAGCUGCGAGCCUAUGGAGGGAUGCACUGUGCAGAAGCUCUCAUAUUUGCCGAAUCCGACAUGCGUGACGCAGCCGAUUCGUCCAUGCCACCACGACAUGUGGGGGCAAGGCCCUAUGCAGAACCUCACGACGCAGCGACACGACUACGUGCCGAAGCCCUGCGUACUAAGGGAGAGCUGCAAGCCGCCGGCGAAGUUCCAUUGCGUUGAACAGCCUUUUGAGAACCGCACAAUAAACAAGUUGUCGUAUCUACCGCCGGAGAGGAUCGAGCCGACGAAGUCGUUUGCGCCGGAGCGCUGCUACGAGAAACCUGCAGCUAAGAUGGAAGGCACCACAACGCAGAAAAUGAGCUAUAUGCCGAACCAGAUUCUUCCCAAAGAGCCGUUGCCAUGGGCCUGCAAAGGGCAAUAUCAGAAGCCUUGUCAGAAACUGGACGCGAAUACCACCUAUACCAUGAGUUACCUGGACGCGGCGAGUGAUUGCCGUCGGCGCGCCAUCAUUCCUGAUAGCUGUAACAACCCCGUCACCUCGUCCAAGAGAUUCGAAACUCAGACUAUUUAUAAGAAUAGUUACUUGCCGACGAAGUGCCCCAUCCCUACGCCGAUCAGGCCUCCGUCGAAUCUCGUCCCGUCCACCGCUCAAAUGGAAGGUGAUACUGUACAAAAGCUAUCGUACCUCCCGAAUCCCACAUGCGUGACGCAGCCGAUCAGACCGUGUCACCACGACAUGUGGGGGCAAGGCCCCAUGCAGAACCUCACGACGCAGAGACACGACUACGUGCCGAAGCCCUGCGCCAUCAGGGAAUCCUGCAAGCCGCCGGCAAAGUUCCAUUGCGUUGAACAGCCGUUUGAGAACCGGACCAUCAACCGCAUGUCGUUCUUGGAUCCUGGCCGAUGUGCGAUACCAGAGUCCUACGCUCCGCUCAAGUGCUAUGAGAAGCCAGCAGCUAAAAUGGAGUCGACAACGACACAGAAGAUGUCGUACCAGCCGGUCUGUGUGCCACAGCCGCAGAGGCCGCCGUGGGCAUGCAAGGGACAGUACCAGAAACCAUGCCAAAAGUUGGAAGGCACAACUAUUUAUCGGUCAUCGUUCCUGCCUCCCGGUGAAGACUGCACUGAAUACAUGGAUCCGUGCCAGUACGGCGAUUGCAAACCUUGUGACUGCAUUUGCCCCGCGACGUGUAUAACAACGGACCCGUGCGCAUGCAACUUCCCUAAAGCGGCGUGCUGCUCGUAGCGGCCAUUUUGAACAGCGUUCCAAAUUCAAGCGUAGACAAGAUGGCGCCCAUUCGACCGUUGAGCUUUUAAAUCAGGCGGGAAGCCUAUAUGUGAUCAUCGGUACUUCGGAAGUACGAACAAAUCAUGAGUAUUUUUUGUAAUUAUUAC